CAACCAUGUUUUACUGCUGUUGAGCAGGGCUACCCUGCUGUGGCGUGCUUCACCCACCCCAGGAUGCACAACAAUGGCCUCUACUCCACCCUCGCCCCCAUGGUGACCCCCAUCCUGGCCCAGGGAGAACCAAGCCCCAUGCCUCCCCCUGAAAUGCUGAUGUACCCAGCUCUGGUGAAGAACAGGGGCCUUGGCCAGCGGGCUGUGCUCACUUUCUGCUCUCCAGUGAACUUUGCUACCAGCUCACCGAUUACUAAUGAGCCAAGUCUCUUGAAGCCAGGCCUGCCCGGUGAUCCUGCAACUUGGUCUGUGGAUGAUGUGAUCCUGUUUCUCAAAGGUACUGAACCUCAGAUGUUCUCACCUCUGGCUGGCCUCUUCAAAGAGCAUGCCAUUGACGGAAAGGCUGUCAUCCUCCUAAAGAGCGGUGUGAUGAUGAAGCACAUGGGCCUAAAUCUUGGAAUGGCCCUGAAGCUCUGCUGCUACAUUGAGCGCCUCAAAGAAGAAAAACGCUUCAACUGAGAGAUGAUCCACUUGGCUGUAGGCUGGACUCUGUUCUGAGACUACCACUGUCAUCCUGGUAGAAAAGCAUUUCUCUGCCUCUAGAA